GAAUUUAUCUAAGAAAAAAAGUUUUUCUGCUGAUUGGAUUGAUGGGAAUUGAAUUCAGUAGGCAAGAGUAGAAAACUUGGAUUCUUUAGAUGGAUUCUAUGGAUUGAACAUCUUAUCAGCUAGACAGAGAAGCUAAUCAAACGUGCCAUAUUGAGUUGGAUUCUAUGGAUUGAACAUCUUAUCAGCCAGACAGAGAAGCUAAUGAAACAUGCCGUAUUGGGUUAAGUAUUGCAUGAAAGAGGCGAGGAAACCAAAGACGUCUGAAUGAAUUUGAAUGCAAGAGAAAUCAUCGAGAGGGUGGCCCCCGUAGGUAUGACUAUCAAAUCUGUAACCUAAACAGGAAUUAAAGGAUCUGUUGCUGUCUUAAGCUUUGCUUUCAAUUUCAUGGGGCCCUUUCCCUGGAAUCUCAAAACCCAACUUUCGAACCCCUCUCACUCUCCGUACAGAAGCGUGUUUGAGUGGUGACAGAACACCCAGAAUUCAACUUUCACUUGGGGUUGAAACUUUGAAGCUUUGCUGUUAUCAAUAACAGUAGAAAAUUUGUACAUCUGCAUCUGAUUUGGUUUUUCCAGGUUAUUUUGAGGAUUGAAUUUCUUUUUUUCCAGCUCCAUUUAAGAUUCAAAAUCCAAGUAAUUUUCUUGGAAGAUCAUGAGAAGCAACUCAAAGUUAUGGCUUAACUUUCCUUUUUAAGUUUAGUGUAUAAGUUAUGUACGAAAAUUCUAACUUCAUUCAUAGACAAACUGAUUCACGAAUAGAUUCCUUGCAAACAAAACAGGACUCGAGGUUCAUGCUUUUCCCCCCUCUCACUGUCAAAAAUGGCGUCAAAGUGAGAAAAUUCAUGAAUCAAAGAGUUGAAAAAGAAACACUCCCAGUUUUGGUGCGCGUGGAAUCCUUGGCAGUGUAGUUAGCAAAAGAUACAGGAAAGUCAAAACAAUGGGCAGCAACAAAGUAAACAGAAGGGGGCAAAUAGGUCGGCUAAAAGUGAAGCAAAGCUUGGACCCACUUCACCAAAUGUUACCCUUUGUCUGCUAAAUGUCCCCAUCUCACCCACUAGCCGUGCAUCUUAUAUUAAAAUCCCCGGCUUUGCUACCAAGAAACCCAGAUUUCCUUGACUCCUGACCCCAAAAUUGCUUCUCUUACGCCGUAGCAUAAUAGCAAUUGCCCUUGGCUUCUUUUAAAGUAUUCUAUUCUAUUUCAUUUUUGUUGGACAAUUUUGGUUUUCAAUUGUUAUUGAUGUGCAUGGAGCUCCAAUUGGGACUUGCCCUUCCAAGUACUCCUAUUAUAACCAUCAAAAUGUUCGACCUAAACAGCUAUGGUUACGAGCCCAGGGAGGCUUUGGGUUCCAACACUUUGAGCCAGCCUUUGCUAAAACUGGGUCCAUGUGACAUUAACAUUAACAGCAGCAGCAGCAGUAGCUCUAGCAGCGGCGGUGGCAGCAAAAAACGUGGCUUUGAUGAAGUUCUACUUUUUGAUGAGAACAGAAAUGUUCCCAAAACGCUGCCUCUUUUGCUUUGGACUAACAAACCUAAUGACGAAGAUGACCCUAAAGACCUCGAUGACAACUCUUCUUCUGCCAUUUUCGAGUACUUAACUCUCUUUCUCUCUCCCCUCUUUUUGUUUCUUUACGUUUGUUUCGUGCGCCUGUCCGUUUCUUUGUUUAUACUUGAAACCUGUCGUGUUUCUUUUAGGGUUCGUUUCAGAACAAGAAAAAAAAUUCUAAAACUUGAGUUUUUGUUUUUUUUUUUGGUUAUCAUCAAUAUUCUUGAUGAAUGUAUGUUUGGGAAUUUGUUAUUUAUGGGGUUUAAUCUUUGGUUUGAUAGGAAUGAUGGACAGGGUUUGGUGGGGUGGCCACCAGUGAAAACCUGGGGGAAGAAGCUACGCCGCGAAGUUCCUAAUGACGAAGCAGAUAACAAUCCCAUGGUGGCGGCGGCGGAGAAUGGCUGUGGUGGUAGCGCUUCAAAUUCCACGUACGUGAAGGUAAAGAUGGAAGGAGUUGCAAUUGCCAGGAAAAUUGACCUUAGUGUCCAUCACUCCUUUGAAACGCUUAUAAACACCCUGAUGAAAAUGUUUGGUAUACCUGAUGAGAAUUGGAAGAGCUUUAAACUCACUUACCAAGACACAGAAGGAGACUGGUUGCUUGCUGAAGAUGUUCCUUGGAGGACCUUCAUUCGCUCCUUGAAAUGCCUCAAACUAAUUAAAAGCAGAGGCUAGCAAGCAAAUGGGCUUCUCAUGGACCACAUCAAAUUAUCAAAAUCAUCGGCCAUGUUUCAGCUUCCUUGAUUUUGGUCUUAAAAGAAUCCUCGUGGCCUUAUUUUUUGCUUGUAUUUUGAAUGACAGUAUGUAAUAUAUAGUAAUUUAACUCUUUUUCUGUAAAAUCUGAAACUGCAAUCAGAUCUAUGACGAUUGGAAAAAUAUCAGAAAAACAUAUGAACUGGUCAUAAUAUUUGAAUCUGCUUGCAUUUUCAAGUGCAAUAACUUUUAAUGCUCUGCUUCAAUUAUUCUCAAACAUUUCAAUACCAAUGGUAAAUGGAGUACUAAAUUUAUUUAUAUUCUUCAGCAUGAAACAACUUUGGGCCCAUGAAAAAGGCCCUAGAUUUCUUUUUCAAUUGCAAUGUAUCUGGGUAUCCCUUGUCAGAACGAGACUAUCACAAUUUUACCGAAGAUUAUGGCGUUUUAAGCUAUGCAGUUUGCAUUGCCAUGGCUGUUGGGAAUACCCAAAAUCCCAAAAGGAAAAAUGAGAUAUAUCCAUGUAGCAGAGUCCGGGCUACUCAAUGGACCAGCCUUCCUGCACUAAGAACAUGUUGGGUUUGAACUGCUAAAGUUAAGGAAUUGGCCCACUACUAAUUCUGGAAGGAGAAAUACUAAAAAUAAGAAUGAAAAGUACCUUGUGUACUUGGACUGAUUCAUUAGAGUGCCUUUUGUAUAUUUUCUUUUCAAAUAUGUUCUUACAUAGGAGAUGGUAAGAUUGGAAGUUAGAG